GCCCUGGCCAUCGGUUUUAGCGGAUUCCUGCGCGGACACUCGAACUGGAGUAAAAAUGGUCGUUACGUGUGAGAUCAGCUUUGAUAAUAAUAGACAUGGCACUUUCUACGCCGGUCAACUGGUCAACGGAUGCGUGACCCUCAAGUGUGACAGAUCCAAGGAGGUACAAGCCGUUCUGCUAAAGGUGGUUGGAUAUUCCAUAACCAAAUGGAGCGAGAAAAGUCUGGGCUCGUCCAAACUAUAUGCGGGCCGUGAGGAUUAUCUAUCAUCCAACACUUAUCUGUUGGGCUCCGAGCAAAACAACAAUAGACACACCAUUCAGGCCGGCGUCCACAAUUACACCUUUGCCUGCCAGCUGCCCUACCAGUGUCCCUCGUCCUUUGAAGGCCGCCAUGGCUGCAUCCGUUACAUUGUCAAAGUCCUGCUCAUCCGACCCUGGAAGUUUGAUCAGGCCUACACAAAGGGCUUUACAGUGCUGAAGAUGCUGGAUCUGAACUUUGAUACGCCUCAAUUAAGGUUGGCUGCCCACAGCGAGGGCUAUCGCACCUUCUGCUGCGGUCCCUGCAAGACAGAUCCUUUGAAACUGGAGCUGCAUCUGCCUCAAGCUGGUUAUGUGCCUGGCCAGCGGAUACCCGUGACCGUGGUGGUGGUCAACAACACCGCCGUGGCCGUUUCCGAACUGCGACUCUCGCUCGUCAUGUUGGUGCGCUACUAUAGCGUGAGUCCAGAGCACUCGCGCGUAGAACGGAUCAUCAUUUCACGGGCCAAGGGCGACUCCGUGCUGAAGCAGUGCACCCGCUCUCUGACCAUCGACCUGCUUGUGCCCUCUACUCCACCCACCUGCGUGGAGCUGAGCAACCUCAUUCAGAUCGCCUACCAGCUGGAGGUUGAGGCGCUUGUGAAGAGUCUGCGGGAACAGCAGCUGAUGGUCAUGCCAGUCACCAUUGGUACCAUUCCAUUGCCGGUUGCCGGCAUAGUGGUGCAACAGCCUCCUCGUCGAAGUGGCCACUACGAGGGACCACAAUCCAGAAGGGAUCCGCCCGAUGAGCUGCCCAUGGUGACGGCACUUGGCAAUGUUCCCAACGAUCCAACCCCCAGUUCAGCAGAUAUGGGUCUUCCUAAUUACGAGGAAUCCAAGCACACGCAACGCGGUAACAUCAAUGAGGAGGAGUUGAACGCCUUUGGAACCAACGAGUUCGCCCCACUGUAUCCUGUGUACAGCAUCCCGAGUCCCACGCCUGUGCUUUCGGCGAAUACACGGAAUGCAGGCUUCGUAAAUCAAAGUUUUGUCAAGUAGAGCUUUUUAUAUUCGACAUUUUCCUUUUUUUAUGUUUACAUUUAUUGUUAAAAAAAAUAUAAACGAAAAAAACACUGCUUGCAUUUUGGGGUGGUUU